GAGAAAUACUUAUGUUUGCAUCUAUCCGCUCGCCGUUACCUACCUACCUUUUUUAUCUGUGCUACUACAUUCUUUUUUUUGUAAACUUUUCUUGAUACAGCCUCCAUUUCUAUUCAUUUCUUCUCCUUUCUAAAUACUAAAUCCAGGCCCGUGUUACCCAAUUCAUCAUGCGCGCCAAAGAAGACCUCGAGCAGGGCUUGUACGAGGUAAUCCCGGUACCACAAGCUGUACCAAAGGAUAAGGACGUCGACAUUAUCGUUGUCCCUGGGCUUGGAACAGAUCCUAAGGCAUGCUGGGGUGCGCCAGACCCGAAAGAACCCUUCAACUGGAUCACUAGUGCAGAUGGCCUCACUACACAGUUCGAGACAGCCCGGAUCUUUCGCUAUGCCUAUGCCUCAGCGUGGAGGGGUCCGUACAAGAUCAAGAAAGACUUUGAUGAGAGUAUUGUCAACGGGCUGUGCGUUGCGCUUAAAGAAGAACGAGAGAAGCUCUGCUCAAAAUCGAGACCUAUAAUAUUCAUCGGUCACAGCAUGGGAGGACUGGUGGUCGCGCAGGCCCUGAACGCAAUGCACAAGCGUCAGAACAUCUACGGAGACAUCCUUCCCUGCGUAACAGGAUGUAUGUUCUUUGGUGUACCGUUCGAUGGAACCAACUUCACUGCUUUACCUCAACUGUGGAAAAAGAUUGAAGACUUUCGCACAGGGGCAGGCAAGUAUGACUCCCUACUCAGUAUUCUGGAACCAGGAUUCCGCAAUAACUACCUCCGCAGCCUCUGCAGCGACUUCAAGGAUCUGGCUCGCAUGAUCAACCCUGGCAUCCAGCUGUUUUGUUUUUACGAAGAACUCGACAUCGACGUCAAAAAGAUUCUGACCGAUCUUGGUCUUGCUGCUCUGGUUUCUUUGGCAAAACUCCCAGUAGAGAGCCUGUUGAAGAAGUAUUUUUCACAAGAGAAUGGGGCAACAAUGAGGCUUGUUGACCAAGCUUCUGCCACUUGUGUGGCGACUCGAGACAGCAUUGGGCUGCAGGUAGGCCACAGUGAUCUAGUAAAAUUCCGCAACGCAAACGAUCCAAGAUAUGCACAGCUGGUGCUUCCCAGAUUGAGAGAGCUUGUCGACAACUCGAGAACACACGCCAGAAAAAGGCUGAUCGCGAGCGGCCUGACCAGCAUGUCAGCCGGGGCCGUCGACGCCCUGAGAACCCUUCUCAGCUCCUAUGUCAACAACAAACAUAGAAACGCCCUGGCAAAGUUGGGGAAAAACAAGUCAUGGAUGCUGAAAGAGAGAUCCUAUCAGGAGUGGGAAAAUCUUUCGGCAAGGGGAGUCUCGUGCUUUUGGCUGACCGGCCCGGGCGGCAUUGACAAGACGUCGAUUUCCCUGUCCGCUGUUGCCAACAUAGAAGAAACCAACCUAAAACAGGUCUCCAAGUCGAAACAUGUACCUCUCCUUGCUUUCUUCUUAUGCGACACGACGCCUCUUGGCUCAUCGCCAUUGGAGCUACUCAAAGCUCUGCUCGUCCAACUAAUAAACCAGAACCCCCUCGUAGCCGAUUAUGCAAAGCAUUUGCUGGCACAGGGUCAAUACCUAAAAGAUGAUUCCUUUUCUCGGCAGGACAGCAGCAAAACCUCAAAGAUGGACAUAAGAGCCACCAUAAGCUUGCAGAAUCUUUGGAAUUGCCUUGGCAAGGUCCUCGAGAACGAGUCCUUUGGCGACAUUUACAUCAUCGUUGACAGCAUCCACCUCCUCGCUCGCGACCAGCAGUCUGAGCUGCUGAUCAACUACAUCUACGACUAUGUCGCAAGGUCACCUGAGCCAGGCUCGGCCUCAUGCCAAGGCAAAGCUCGUCGCUGGCUGUUUACCAGUGCGCAACGAGGAGGCCGCAACCGCUUCGAGCAGCUUAUGAGGGCGUGUCAUGUCGUUGACUUGACCUCGAAUGAGUAUAAAGACAAGAUCAAGAACUCCCUCGAGGAAUACUCCAAGGAUCUGGUGGAAAAGUUACAUCAGGAAAAAAAAUACAAGCGGGACCAGUUAUAUAUGAUCCAUGACCGGAUGAAGAUGAAUGGGGACGACAAGCGCUGGAUUGCUAUACAGUACAUUCGUUUGAGGGCCUUGCCUCCUCAAAGCAGUAGUGAAACAAUCACCAAGAUUCUGAGUCCGACCAAUGCUUCUGAUUUAACAAGCCUAGUGCGGUACUGCUGGCAAGCUAUUAUUCAGAGAGACCCAGAUGAUGAGCACAACUUGAAGACUCUCUUGAAGGCCUUGGCCCUCGCCUUUAGACCCCUCAGCAUUUCAGAGCUGUCUAUCUUGUCUGACAUAAUAGAUGAGGACAAGGUGAAACGGCUCAUCCAGAAAUGCGAACCAAUGCUUCAGCUAGUCUCAGAAGACCAAAAUGUUCCAAGGGUCGAAUUCAGCGACACCACUCUCAAGGUCGGCUUUCUCUGGGAGUCGGCAGAGCUUGUGAGACACUCGCCUGAAGGGGUGCUGGAUGAUACGCAAGGCCAAGCGCAACUUCACAGUGAAGAAGAACAAUAUUCAAUUCUUGAGGACUUCCAUGGCGUGCUCGCAAUGCGGUGCUUUUCCUUUAUGGAGCGCUGCGGCGUCAAGUCUACGGGCACGGACAUGUUGGCUGGUAGGGAAUCGCCUGACACUACACUUCAGGAUGCAGAAAAUUCAUCAGAUCGCACCUACUUUGGAGAGUUCUGGAUUUUGCAUGCAAUCCGAGGGAAGCCCGAGCUAGCCAAGUAUAUAGCGAAGGAUCUGCAGCUCUUUUGGGCCAGUAAUUCUUCCCUGAGGGCGGCCUGGUUGAAGGAUUACCUGCCAUUAAAACCAUCAGUCAGUGACGGCAGUUCACACGAGGGAAUGACGGCGCUCCAUACUGCUGCCUUCUUUGGUUAUGACCUGCUAUUAGAGGAGCUUAUUCGGUCUGGACAUAAAGAAGAAAUAGGAAUCUUCAACAAGGAUGGCCAUACACCACUUCACAUUGCUUCCAAGUACAACAAUGUCAAGGCUGUUCAGGUUCUUCUAAGCUAUACUAAAGAAGACGCCAUAGACAUGGCUCAUGGCGACAACGGUACGGCACUACACGCUGCUGCAAUCCAAGGACACAUCGAGACCUUGAAGCUGCUACUCGACAACGAUGCAGACCCGAAUGCUUUUUGUAAAAGGUUCGGCCCCGUCGUUAAUGCCGCGAUCCUAUCCGGAAACAACGAUGCGGUGACGCUUCUGCUCAGCAAUGAGCGCCACAACCUCGAAGCCCACAAGGGAAAGGCAUUGCCGCCGCUUGCCCUCUCUGCCGCCAUGUCCAAGCGUGAAGUCUUUAAAGAGAUUCUGACCAGAAACGAGGGCAAAUGGACGGCUGAAGACUACCACAGUGCACUGUUUCAAUCCUGCUUCAUCCAGAGACCUGAGAGCAUCGAGAUCCUCAGGGAUAUAGCACCGAAACACGUGCUGGAUGACGACGUUCUGCACGAGGCCAUGUUUAAAGCCGCCGUCUGGGACAACUGGGACUGCGUAUCCAUUGUCUUCAAUAUCAAGCCGAAAGUAGCUAGCUGCGAAAUCUUCUAUCUUGCUGCCGUGACCAAGCACGGGGGCAAGAUGGCCGACGACGUGUUGCACAAUAUCUGGGCUGAAGGCGGACCUCGCAUCGUCCCGCGGGAAGUCAUCAACGCAGCCUUGUACCAGGCCACUGACAACCAGAAGGCCGGCACGGUAGAAUGGCUUUUGAACUUUUGUCAUGCCGACCCAAAUGCGACAGAUCAGAGGCCGACUGUGCUCCACCCUGCCUGUUUUACGCAUGCCCCUGAACAGCUUUUUGGGGAUGCCCUCACGGCCGCCGCGUGGGAUGGAUCGUAUGAUAUCGUCAAGAUGCUCCUCCAAAGAAACGCAACGGUGGACAGCUCAAGAGGAUGCGCGCUGCAGAUGGCGGCCCAAGAGGGGCACGCCGAGGUGGUCCGGCUCCUCCUCCUUCAUGGUGCAAAGACGAACAGGGUCAUUGGAGGCCCGGGCGCCGAGCCAGAUUAUCAUGGACCGGAGUUUCCGGAGGCUACCGCCCUGCAAGCGGCCUGCCGGUAUGAUCGAGUUCAGGUCGUCGAAGUCCUCCUGCUCCACACAAAGGAGCCAGCAGACCCGAACCUCGGUGGAGGCAUAUAUGAGAGACCAAUCUUUGCGGCUACCCGAAGAACCUUGCCAAAAGUCCUGAAACUCCUUCUUGCUGCUCCCACGAUCGACGUAAAUGUCGUCGGCGGCAGGGAUUUGUCCACCCCACUGAUCAACGCCGCCUCCUUCAUGUCGGUCGAAGACGUCGAAGCACUGAUUAAGGCCGGAGCCAACGUCAACCAGGUUGACGGAAAUGGCGACACGGCUGUCAUCCACGCAGCGCGUAGAGGCGAUGUCAAUACCCUGAAGCUCCUGAUCGCCCACGACGCUAGUAUCCUACACGAGAGUCGCCCAGAACAUAAAUUCGCCUUCCAGAUUGCGGCAGAACAUGGCCAUAUCGAGUGCAUACAGGUGCUGGCCGAGAAAAUCUCGGCGGUUUGCCGCGCCUUGAACACAGUCGCCGUGGGCAACUCGUCGAUGCGUAAUCUUCUGGCCUUGCCAGAAGGUGACGACUACCGUUUUGCCGACAUCGAAGAGAUCAAUCACCUAAAGACGCACGCUCAAGAUCUCCAGCGUGAGCUGGACAAGCUUGAAUACUUCAAAGACGAAGAGGAAAAUAUAAGAAAAGGGUUGGCAGAAGCAGAAGAUGUGGCUAAACGCUGCAUCCAAGAAAGGCUUGAAGCGGUGCGCGCGAGGGAUGAAGACAAGUCAAUAUAUGACCAAAGGACCGAGGAAUACGAAAGACGUACCAGAGAGUACGAGCUUGGCUUGCAUGGCUAUAAAGCCCUUGAAGAAGAAAACGAAGAGCUGAAAGCUGUCAUCGCUGCUCGUGAGACAGAGGUCAAAACCAUGGACGAGGCCCACAGCGCCGAGAAGCGAAAGUCAGAGGAUGAGAAAAGAAACGCCGAGGCUGCACAGGAACGCCAGGAGAAAUUGUUGAAGGCCGAGAUCUCGAAUUUGAAGGCAAAGCUAGAGGCUCUUGAGAGACCGGCCGAGUCCCCGAGUCAAGGGGUUCCAGUGCCUGUCGACCAGCCCCGGCCCUCUAUCAGCUCCCACUCAGCUAGUCACUCUGACGGUGACAGCCAAAGCAAACAGGGGAGCCGCGAGAAGAUGAUAAGUUUGGCGCAAAUGACUUCGGAACGUUUGGGCUCGGGAUGGAAGAAGGUUAACAAGAAUUUCAAUAAGGGGGACACUAAGGAGGGAAACUGAUUCUAGUGUUUGGUUUUAUCAAGCGUUGUAUAUCUUAUAUUCUGUUUUUUAUGGCAUUUCCCUACCCGGUUACUAUACCAAACUCCCAUCGAAGACACUUUACGGGCUUAUUAUUUCUCAAUCAAUUUCGCAAUCAGACGCUGGACGACGG